AUGUCUGUCCGGAGGCACAUUGGGAAUCCUGAGUAUCUGACGAGAAGGAUACCACAAAACCCAAGGUAUCAGCAUGUCAAAUCAAGACUAGACACUGGUAACAGUAUGACUAAAUACAUUGAGAAGCUAGAAGAGAUCAAAAAAAAUUAUAGAUACAAAAAAGAUGAGCUUUUCAAGAGACUAAAAGUAACAACUUUUGCCCAGCUGGUCAUCCAGGUUGCAUCCCUAUCUGAUCAAACACUGGAAGUGACAGCUGAGGAGAUUCAAAGGCUAGAAGACAAUGAUUCUGCAACUUCAGAGCCUGAUGCCGAAAUCACUGCCAAGACCAACGGGAAUGGGAGCCCUGGGGAGCAGUCGCCAAGCCCCGUCCAGUUCAUAAACAGUGAGGGAGCUGGGGACUUUAGCCGCUCAACUCUUCAGAGCGUCAUCAGUGGUGUUGGGGAACUGGAUCUAGACAAAGGGCUUGUGAAGAAAACAGAGCCCAAUACCAAAGACAAACCUUAUCCCGACUGCCCUUUCCUGCUGCUAGAUGUGCGAGAUAGAGACUCUUACCAGCAGUGCCACAUUGUUGGAGCUUACAGUUACCCAAUUGCAACUCUGUCUAGAACAAUGAACCCUUACUCAAAUGAUAUUCUUGAGUAUAAAAAUGCCCACGGCAAGAUCAUCAUCCUGUACGAUGACGAUGAGAGGCUGGCCAGCCAGGCGGCCACCACCAUGUGCGAGCGGGGGUUUGAGAACCUCUUCAUGCUUUCCGGAGGUCUAAAAGUCUUAGCUCAGAAAUUCCCAGAAGGACUGAUUACAGGUUCCCUGCCAGCAUCUUGCCAGCAGGCCCUUCCUCCUGGUUCUGCUCGGAAACGAUCCAGCCCCAAAGUGCUGCCCCUACCAGCUGAGAAUAAAUGGAGAUUUACCCCAGAAGACCUAAAGAAGAUAGAAUAUUACCUGGAAGAGGACCAGGGUCCUGCAGACAAUCCUAGCCGGCUGAGCCAAGCUAACGCUUCUGGAAGAGAUGCCAAGGUUCCAGGCACCCGCAGCGGUCAGAACCUCCCCGCGGGGGGCCCUGCCAGCCACCAGAAUCCCCGCUCACUGGGCAGUGGCCACCUGCAAGGCAAACCCUGGAAGUAA